AUGGAUGUAACGUCACCUGGCACGCGCAAGACCCUUUUAAUUUUUUUUUCCCUCAGCACCCCUAAUAUCGACCGUCUGGCCCACGAGGGCGUCCUGCUCACCCAGCACCUAUCGGCCGCCUCCAUGUGCACCCCGAGCCGGGCCGCCUUCCUCACGGGGCGCUACCCCAUCCGAUCCGGGAUGGCUUCAGCCAACAACAUGUACCGAAGUCUCACCUGGCUCGCGAGCUCAGGGGGUCUCCCCCCGAACGAGACGACCUUCGCUACCUUGCUGCAGCACCGGGGGUACCGCACCGGCCUCAUCGGAAAGUGGCACCAGGGCCUGAGCUGCGCCUCGCGCAACGACCACUGCCACCACCCGCUCAACCACGGCUUCGACUACUUUUUCGGGAUGCCUUUGGGACUUCUGAACGAGUGUCAGAGUGGCCGGGUCCCGGAGCUGCACCGGCAGCUGCGCAUCAAGAUGUGGGUGAGCACGGCGGUCCUCGCCCUGCUCCCCGUCCUCCUGCUCGUCCCCGUCUGCGCCCGCUGGGUCCUGGUGCCCUGGGCUGUCAUUGUCACUCUGGCCCUGGUGGCCGUCCUCUUCUUCCUGUCCUGGUACUCGAGUUACGGGUUCGUGCGGCGCUGGAACUGCGUCCUCAUGAGGAACCACGACAUCGUCCAGCAGCCCCUCAGGGAGGACAGGGUGUCGUCCCUCAUCACCAGGGAGGCCCUGGCCUUUAUCGACAGGUACCGAUUUCCCGGGGCUACAGGAACGCAGCACCGUGCCUGGGGACUUGGUUGGAAGGUCCUGCGGGCGCUGGACCGUGAGCGACUGACCAACCGGACCCUGGUCUACUUCACGUCCGACAACGGCGGCCGCCUGGAGGCCAGGGACGUCAGGGGACAGCUGGGGGGCUGGAACGGCGUCUACCGAGGUGGCCGAGGCAUGGGGGGCUGGGAAGGUGCCACCCGCGUCCCUGGCAUUUUCCGGUGGCCCACGGUGCUGGGAGCGGGGCAAGUGCUCGACGACCCUACAAGUCUGAUGGACAUUUUCCCCACGCUGUGCUACGUGGGCGGCGGCCUUUUACCCCAGGACCGGGUGAUUGACGGGCAAAGAUGCCGCUUGCUGGAAGGACGCGCGUCCCGCUCGGACCAUGAGUUCCUCUUCCACUACUGCGGGACGCGCUGCGCCGUGCGCUGGCACCAGAGGGACUGUGCCACCGUGUGGAAAGCUCACUUCGUGACCCCCAGAUUCUGCCCAGUGGGUGCCGGCGCCUGCUAUGACAGUGACCACUGUCCCUGCUCAGGGGACGUCGCCCACCACGACCCGCCGUUGCUCUUCGACCUCUCCAGGGACCCCGCGGAGAGCCAGCCGCUGAACCCCGAGGACGAGGCCUUCGACUCGGUCAUCAAGAAGAUGGAGGCGGCCAUCAGGGACCAUCGCCGGACUCUGACCCCGGCCCCCCGGCAGCUGUCCAUCUUCAACACCAUCUGGAAGCCGUGGCUGCAGCCCUGCUGUGGGACGUUCCCCUUCUGUGGCUGUGACAAGGAGGAUGCCAUCGUCCCCCAGCCGCUGUGACCGCUGCCACGCCACCCCGACUCUGCUCGGACCAUCUGGGGCCCAGCAUGGUGGACAGGAGUGUUGACUCAUCCUCCAUCCCUGUUGGGAAGUCGAGGAAAUGGUGUUGACUCACCCUCCAUCCCUGUUGGGCACGAGUAUUGACUCAUCUUCCAUCCCUGUUGGGCACGAGUGUUGACUCACCCUCCAUCCCUGUUGGGCACGAGUAUUGACUCAUCUUCCAUCCCUGUUGGUCACGAAUGUUGACUCAUCCUCCAUCCCUGUUGGGAAGUCGAGGAAAUGGUGUUGACUCACCCUCCAUCCCUGUUGGGCACGAGUAUUGACUCAUCUUCCAUCCCUGUUGGGCACGAGUGUUCACUCAUCCUCCAUCCCUGUCGGGCACGAGUGUUGACUCAUCCUCCAUCCCUGUUGGGCACGAGUGUUGACUCAUCCUCCAUCCCUGUUGGGAAGUCGAGGAAAUGGUGUUGACUCAUCCUCCAUCCCUGUUGGGACGUCAAGCAUGGUCCAGCAUGGCGGACAUGAGUGUUGACUCAUCCUCAAGGAAAUGGUGGAUAUCAGGAAGUGACACAGGAUCUCUGUGGUCACAGUAGAAGGGACAACUGCUACACCUUGCUCAGCCAUGCUCUGUGUGCAAUGCGUGUUGACUGACAAUUUUUUCUCAGUAAAGCAUUGUUGACUGACAAUAUUUCCCAACUGAGGAUGUGUUGUUGACUGACAUUAUCUCUCAGCUUCUGCUAUACCCGGCCGUAUGCCCAGCGGUUUCCACGGGCAUGAAAAGGAUGCUUUUUGGGGUUUGCUGUUCUGGGUGCCGUGGUCUUCCGGCUGCAGCUCCAAUUGGUAAAAUCCUGGCCACCUGUUCUUUAAAAAAAGUGCAUUUUAAAUAAUCAUUCCUUUGGGUGGCACUCGGGUUUUGAACUUAGGACCUCGUGUGCGCCGGGCAGGUGCUCUGUCACUUGAUCCCAAAGUCCCCGAAUCCUAAAAUGUAGAUUUUACAGGGUGUCACCCCAGAGAGAUGGAAAACAAACAGGUGAUAUGUGAGUGGCUUAGUGACUGUGAUCUGCAUAAUUUUCAGUCAUGUGAGCGUAAAACCUCUGCAGUGCUGUUUUCCAUUCCGACUUCAAGUAAAUUUCAGUAAAAAUAGCAAUC